AUGGGCUAUCUGCAGAGUGCGGAGGAGGCCCUGGCCGCCGAGAAUUGGCGCAAUGCGGCCGAGCUGUUCAGCAAGGCCAUCAACGAGCUCCGGGAGAAUCUGGCAGCAGGCCCCGAUGUGAACGGUUUGGUGGAAGCCUACAGUGGCCGCGGCCAUGCUCUGGCCGAGAUGGGGCGCCAACGUGGCACGCUCCCAAGACAAGCGGCGACGCUGAAGGCAGCCUUAGCAGAUGCCCGCGCGGCCGCUGCCUUAGCUGCACGUGGUGCCGGCGGUAUCGGCCCUGUGCGAGCGGUGAAGGCACUGCAAAGCAUUUUGCAGGAGACAGGUCAGAACCUGGAAGAGGCACAAGCCGCAGCCAGAGCACUUUUAGAUGGCCCUGCUGCUCGUGCUUCACGCCAAGUACAUCAGGAACUUCAGCAGCUUGCGCAAGGCACGGACACCAGCCGGCUUUGUGCAGAAAUGGAUGCCGCCGCAGAUGACGGCUGGUCUCCAGGCACAUUUCGGUGGCCGAGUCGUAUGGCACUGCCCGAACUGCCUGCCGGAAAGCCUGCUGCGGCCGGGCUGUCUGACAAAGGUUGGGGACCAUACUUGCGCAGCCGGGGGGGCGAGGAGAUGGUCCGAGCGGCACGGGCCAACGCCAUCAUGUUGGAUGCCCUCUCUUUCCCCCUGUCCCUGGCAUGGAUGCUCAGCCAGGAGUCCGUUGUCCAGUGGCCAAAGGAGCCACAGACAGAUUGGGAGCUUCACGUGGUGGUGCUCGGAGCAACCUCCAAAGCCGAGGUGCGCGUUUGGCGAGACUCCAAAUACUGGGACGAGCUAACAGAACUUCUCAAGCACCGAUGUAACGUUCGGCUUCACUUCGUUGGUCCGGAGAUAUCGCGCAGUUCCGGAUUCAGCGACCUUUCAGAAGUGCACCAGGUAGAGGCGCCCUGUGCCAAGCACUUCUUUCAGCAGCGGCCUGACCUUCGUCCGGAGAACACUGUGUGUGCUGUUUUCAAUGGAGGCUACGGAAAUUUCGUGGCUUCCGGCCGCGACGAGCUGUUUUGGAGCUGGCUGCCGGAUUUGCUGUUCUUGGCUGAAUCGCACUACUUGUGUGCCUUCUUCUGCGCCAACGACUAUGCAGAUCUACGUGGUGAGAUUGCGGUGCAUACGACGAUCGUUGGAUCCCGCUUCGCGCUUGCGCCUCGCGAGAAUCCCUUCGCCAUGGCCACCGUGUAUUCUGGCGAGGACAAUUCUGGAGAGUGGUUUUCGGGAAAUGCUUUCACCUUUGCCACGUGUGGCUACCAGAAGGCAUGCCGCCACUCCGCUGCAGAGUCGACGCUUUCGGAUUCCGUCCGGAAGGUGCUUGGAGCUGCUGUUCUGAAGCAUGCCCAGGCCUGCCAAGGGCAGCUGCCUUCAGUGGAGGCUUCGCGGAAGUGUCCUCCUGUACAACUGGGAACAACCUUGGAAGGAAGGACGAGUUCGGUGUCGUCAAAGCUGAACCAGGCGGAAGCAGCUCGGCCGAAGGCCGAAGUGAAGGCCACGGAAGGCGGAUGGCGGCUGGAGGUACCGUGGCCGCAAGACCUCGACCUCGCCAACGUCGACUUGCAGAUCUCGGAUACAGAGGUUUCGCUGACGAUGCCAGCAGGCCACUUGCUCCUCGCCUGGCCUCAACCCGUGGAUUCUUCAAGCGCUUCGGCAGCCGUCUCAACGAGGAAAGGGCUGCUCAUUCUGAAGGUUCUCAAGAAAAAGCGCUCCAUGGCUGACUCAGACUUUACUCUGCAUUUCCCUGUUUUCCUGCUCAUGGUCAUCUGGUCCACGGUGAGCAGAUUGCGCAUGAUUAAAUGUGACUCAGCCGUCAUGAGUCAGGACCAGUGGUUGGCCUAUGCUUUGGACAGCGACGACAGCUGCGAGAGCGAACAGGCAGCCAGCCUCAUGUUGCUGCAAACUUCUCGACACAGCAUCGAGACGUCCUCGGUGAGGUCCAAGGAGUUCCCCAAGCAAGCGCCUACGGUUGUCCAUAGCCGUGGCUACGACGAGGCGGUAGUCAGCUUUGCUCUGAGCACUGAAUCGCAGCGAAGACAGGAAGGAGAGACAAGUCCUGCUUACAGUAGUUUCGGUAUGAACAUAGGCCCCAAUUCAGAAAUGUGUCUGCGCCACGUGACUUUGGGACAGAACUUGGGGCUUCACAUUGUAUCAGGUCUCAAAGCAGCAGUGGAGAGAUGCGAGCGUCGCACCCGUGGGCAGAAACAACUACAGCACAUGCACUGCCGACCGUGCCAACGAGGCGAACAAUACCGACGCAGCCUGAUGCAGCAGUACCUGGUUGGCAUGUCACAGUGCUGGGUUACAGUAAUUCAUCAGGAUUCGUCAGGCAUGUGA